ACAGAAAUGAGGAAGGACCCUCGUAAGAAACUUCAAUCCCUACAGCAGUGCCAUAUUUCCUUUUCAGUUUUGGAAAUAUUGCUAUUAUUGCUAGGUUUGUUUGCUCCAUCCUCCUCCCCUGUUGUUCUCUCUCUCAUGGAAGUUGCCGGAACCUCCAUCCCACAAUGUCAUCUAUUCAGCUGCAACUGCUACUCCUCUGCCUGACCUUGUGUGGUGUUUGCCUCAACGGGGGGCAGCUCCUUCCAGAGGGAAGUGAGAACAUGGGAAGAAGUCCCUUCAAUGACAUCCUGCAGAGAUCUGAAAGCCUCAUUCUUCAGUCUGUCCUCACGAAAGCUGAAAAGGAAGAAGAGAUGAAUAAAGAAUCAAAUGCCCCUCUGCCAGAAUGGCUUUCCAAAAGACAACACCCUGGGAAAAAGUACCUAAGUGACCUGCAGAAGAGACAGCAUCCUGGAAAAAGAGAUGUUGAAGAAGACCCAUCUUAUGGAGGCAUUCAGAAGAGGCAGCAUCCAGGGAAAAGAGAGAUAGAAGACAACCUUGACGGCUAUCUGGAGCUGAAAAAGCGACAGCAUCCUGGCAGAAGGUCAUUGACAGAUCAGUAUGCUGAUGUCCCUAGUGCACAGCUAACCUACUUGAAUGACUUUUCCAAAAGACAGCAUCCAGGCAGAAGGUAUCUGAUGUACAAGCGCCAGCAUCCUAGCAAAAGGGGCUGGAAUGAUGAGGUAGACCUAAAUCCCCAAUAUGGUGAGAAACACCAGCACCCUGGAAAAAGGCAGUGGAAUUCUGACAGCCCAGACGGUGCAGGCCCCUGCAACUUCCAGGAGUCCUUCACCUGUAACAAAGGCAGCUUGUUGCUCGAUUUAGUAGAAAAUGUUACCAAAGACAGGGUAGAAAAAAAACGUCAGCACCCAGGAAAGAGAUCAGCAUGGGAGAGUGAAACAGAGCAAUAA